UUUUCACUCGAGUUUGUCGUCGUCGUAUCUGAUUGAUAUAUAAGCGUUUGUCUAUUUCAUGUAUAAAAUAUUAAAGAUUAGUGACCAUCUGGGGUACUUCAGCUGAUUGCAUCCCGUUUGUCCAUUUAGUUGUCAAAAUUGGUUAAAAUGGCGACCGGAAGCAUACAAGACGUCACCAAGAAAAUGCUCUCCGAAAAGCUCUUCACAUGUGCCACUUGCAACAACCUGCUAACAGUCCCAGUAAUGAUGGUCGAAGACGUAGGAAACGUUUGCCACGACUGCUUCAAAGUCAGAGACGAAGAAGACGAACCUAAAAGCGUCCCCAACACCACUUUAAACUCGUUACUGAAAGAACUGAAGUUUCCAUGUAAAUUCCACCCUCAGGGUUGCGACGAGGACAUCCUUUACGACAAUUUAAAAGAGCACGAACGCCAGUGCGUUUACCGUCUGGUUGAUUGUUUAAUGCCAAAAAACAAAUGCGACUGGACCGGAAAACUCGUCGACUUGCUCAAACACUUCAAAGAGGACCACUCCAAGCACGUCCUAACCGGACCUCUCGAAGAAUUCUCUUUCGAAAUGAACUUGGAGAAAGUCGGUUCGAUAAUCAAAUUGCUGAGUUACAGAAAUAGAACUUGCGUUUUGAGAAUAGAGAGAUCGGAACGAGAUAAUAGUUUGGUGCAUUGUUUGCAAGACGUCUCGGGGACAGAUGGAGAUUUGAAAAUGGUUGUGAAGUAUGUGGGUGGAAGUAACGUCUACAAGGGGAAAGUCGAAGUUUCGCCGUUUGAUGCAACCUGCGAUGAGCGAUACAGCAAAAAAAUUAAACUGUCUGCUUUGAAAGAAGUGUCAGAGGGGGCCGACACAGUCAAAGUCGUGAUUAAGCCAGGCAAGUGCGAAUUCAAGAACACGACUUCUGAAAUUAUGAAGAAUUUGGAGUGUCCCAUCUGUAAGGAAAUCAUGAGGCAACCGAUUUUCCAGUGUCUGACUGGCCACAGCAUCUGCCAGUCCUGUCGUAAGAAACUUUCGCUGUGUCCGACUUGUCGCACAGCCUUUCCUCAACAAAACAUCCGGAAUUUUUCGUUGGAGGCCUUAACACUCUUUGUGCAAUACGAGUGCGCUUACCACCAGUUUGGUUGUACUUCGACGGUUUUAGGAAGCGAAAUAGACAACCAUGAGGGAAAAUGCAAAUAUCAGAUGUACGAGUGCCCUGUAAAUGAUUGCAAUUUUACGGGCAAUUAUUCAUCGUGCAAGAAUCACUUCCAGGUUAACCACAACCAAGAUUUGGUUACAGGAACUAUAUACAAAAGUAGUUUUACGCCGCUUGGAAACAAAAUGGCUACCACAACACAAAUUGUGUAUUUUUUCGAAUUUGGUAACUUGUUUAGGUUGGCGUUCUCGCGUUUGCAAGAUUCUUGUUCCUGGACUGCGCGAAUUUUGAAUAAUUGCGCCAAGGAUGCGCAGUUUUUCUUUGCGGUUUACGUGACCCAUCCGAAUAUUAAGCAACGAUUUAUAGCAAAGUCUAAUUUGUGUUUGAACAGGGAUGUUGCUGUGACUAACAGUGACAAAAUUACUUUUACAUACGAUAGUUUAACGCCGUACAAAAGCACGAGUUCUGAUCAAAUGAAUUUUCGUGGCGAAAUAUUUGCCGAGAAGUCGUCUUAAAUGCACUCUUUUCGCUCUUAGUUUUAACCAAAUUUUGCCAAAUUGUAAGCUAAUCUAAUAUGCGAAAGCUAUGUAGUUGUACAAUCUGUAAAACUUGAUUCGAUGUAAAUUUUUAAUUAAAUUGGUUAACUAGAUUGUUUUUCGCAAGCCUGUUGUAUAGUUGAAUAAAUCCCGCUUCUCUGAAA